UCACAAAAUACGAAUAACAUCCAUUAAGAUAAUUCUAGAACAGCUCCAAAAUAAGAAAAAAGAAAAUAUUCACCAAAAUCUCUAUAUACUAAUACUAAUUCGUCAUCGACACUAAAAACACAAUUAUAGCAUCUCUAUAAUUUUGUAAUUUGAUGAUAAUUGGAGUUUAUGAUAAGAUUAAUUUGGAUGUUUCUGGAACAAAUUGGAAUAUAGUGAAGCUGAAGGAUUUAUGCAGCGGCUUCGAGGAGAAUAUAGAAGUGAAACAGUACCCGACCCGAAUACGAUUCGCCCGCUUUGUGCCGUCAUGGAUGGGAAGUCCAAAGGCAAAGAUACUCAAAAUCAAGGCUCCAUCAAAUCACAUUUGUAUGAGAUUUGUGCAGUAAAUCAUUGGAAAGCACCUUUAUUUGAAUGUUGCAAUGAGGAAGGUCCAGAUCACCACAAGUUGUUCACCUUUAAGGUAAUUGUGGAAAUAAGAGGACUUCGUACAACAAUUAUAGAGUGUAUGGGCAAUCCGCAUUCAAAGAAGAAAGCUGCAGCAGAGAAUGCAGCUGAAGGAGCAAUGUGGUUUCUAAAUCAAGCAGACUACCUAGCGCGGAAUGAUAUUUUUGAACCAUGCCCUUGAAGUAAUGCAGGAUGGAGUUGCUACUGCAGAGUCCCUUGAGCUUCACCACUGACUCCACGUGCCCCUUGAGUGUAUGAAGCUCUCUUAGCCUAUUAACAAAUGCAGAAGAAUCGAAAUUAGAAAAUCGUUAAGCUAUUGGAAAAUGACCCCUGCAAGCUGCAAUAUG